CGCAGAGGUAAGAACCCAGAGUGAAUCAGCUGUAUUUUCAGCAGCAGCGUGAGACUGAACGUGGCGCUCGUGCACCGGUGAAGUAGGUGAAAGUGCACGAGCGCAGUCCUUAAGGCAUGACACCGAGAACACAAGUGUGAGUGUACAGUCAGCAUGGCAGAAGCACAUCAGGCUGUGGCCUUCCAGUUCACCGUCACUCCUGAUGGAAUCGACCUGCACCUGUGUCAUGAGGCCCUGCGCCAGAUCUACCUCUCUGGCCUCCACUCCUGGAAGAAGAGGUUCAUCAGGUUCAAGAAUGGUGUCAUGACUGGAGUCUAUCCAGGAAGUCCCUCGGGGCUCCUGGUUGUUUUGGUGGGUUACAUGUCCACCACCAAAUAUGCCAAAAUAGACCCUUCCCUAGGAAUGUUCACUAAACUGUCAAAACACCUACCGAUCAGUAAGUACGUAACAGAAGAAGGGCAGCGUGUUGUUGGUGGUGUGCUGAUUGGGACCGGAUUGUGGAUUGCUGUGACUUUCGUAAUGAGGAAUGUCCUCAAGUGCUUGCUGUCCUGGCACGGCUGGAUGUUCAAUCGCCAUGGAUCUUUAAACUUUAAAACUAAAAUUUGGUUGGUGUUGGUGAAGUUAUUUUCGGGGCCAAAGCCAAUGCUGUACAGCUUCCAGAGUUCACUACCACGGUUACCAGUGCCUCCUAUAAAAGACACAGUUAGAAGAUAUCUUGAGUCAGCUCGUCCUCUGAUGGAUGAUGAACAGUACAAACGUAUGGAGGGGUUGGCAAAGGACUUUGAGAAGAACAUGGGCCCCAGACUGCAAUGGUACCUGAAGCUCAAAUCCUGGUGGGCCUCCAAUUAUGUCAGUGACUGGUGGGAGGAGUAUAUUUACCUCAGAGGUCGAGGACCAAUCAUGGUCAACAGCAACUACUAUGCAAUGGACUUCCUCUAUGUGAUCCCUACUACACGUCAAGCUGCUCGUGCUGGUAAUUCCAUCCACGCCAUCAUGAUGUACAGAAGAAAACUGGACAGAGCGCAGAUCAAACCAUUGUACUUGCUGGAGAAGCGAGUGCCGCUGUGCUCGGCGCAGUGGGAGCGGAUGUUUAACACGUCCCGUAUUCCCGGGCUGGAGACAGACGUCCUUCAGCACGUGAACGAGAGCAGACACAUCGCCGUGUAUCACAAGGGACGCUUUUACAAAGUCUGGAUGUUUUAUGAUGGACGGCUGCUGUUGCCUCGAGAAGUUGAGCAGCAGAUCGAAAAGAUCUUGGCCGACAAGUCUGAACCUCAGCCAGGAGAAGAGCUGCUGGCCGCCUUAACAGCGGGUGACAGAGUUCCCUGGGCCAAAGCCCGCUCACAGUUCUUCAGUCGAGGGAAGAACAAGCAGUCUCUGGAUGCCGUGGAGAAGGCGGCUUUCUUCGUUACCCUGGAUGACAGCGAACAGCGUUACGACUCAGAGAAUCCAGUGCAGUCGCUGGACAGCUACGGCAAAUCUCUGCUCCACGGAAAAUGCUAUGACCGGUGGUUUGACAAGUCUUUCAAUCUGAUUGUGUUCAAGAACGGCACUAUGGGAUUGAAUGCAGAACACUCCUGGGCCGAUGCGCCCAUCGUUGGCCAUUUAUGGGAGCAUGUCUUGUCGUCAGAUCCAGUGAGACUGGGCUAUAGUGAGGACGGACACUGCAAAGGAAACCCCCAUCCCAACCUGCCGGGACCCCAGAGACUGCAGUGGGACAUCCCAGAGGAGUGCCAGGCAGUGAUCAGCAGCUCUCUGAAAGUGGCCAAAGCUCUGGCGGACGACGUGGACAUGCACAUCUUCCCCUUCAGUGACUAUGGCAAAGGCCUGAUCAAGAAAUGCAAGACGAGCCCCGACGGCUUCAUUCAGAUCGCCCUCCAGCUGGCGCACUUCAGGGAUAAAGGCAAGUUCUGCCUGACGUACGAGGCCUCCAUGACGCGUCUGUUCAGAGAGGGCCGCACUGAGACCGUGCGCUCCUGCACCACUCAAACCUGUGAUUUUGUCCGUGCCAUGAUGAAUGACAAAGCAACGAGAGAAGAGAGGUUGAAGCUGUUGAAGGUGGCAGCAGAAAAGCACCAGGAUUUAUACAGACUAGCCAUGACGGGAAAUGGCAUCGACCGCCAUCUUUUCUGCCUCUACCUGGUGUCAAAGUACCUCGGGGAAGAUUCGGCUUUCCUCAAAGAGGUGUUGUCUGAGCCCUGGAGAUUGUCCACCAGUCAGACUCCUCUCCAACAGCUCGAUCUGUUUGAUUUAAAGAGGCAUCCAGAAUACGUCACCAGCGGAGGAGGUUUUGGACCUGUUGCUGAUGAUGGUUAUGGUGUCUCAUAUAUUAUUCUUGGAGAAGAUCUCAUCAACUUCCACAUAUCCAGCAAACACUCCAGCCCAGAGACCGACUCUCACCGCUUUGGAAGUAACAUUAGACAGGCAAUGCUUGAUCUCCUGGAUCUCUUCCAGCUUGACAACAAAGCUAACAAGUGAUCUUUCUCUUCUUGUUUUCUCGUUUCUCAGAAGGGAAUCAUUUGAAAAUAUUUUAAACCGAGGGCUGAUCCUCCUUAGGCAUGUACAGAGUAAUUAAUAUUCAAAGAAUGGUCAUUUAAACAGGAUGGAGCAUGCAUUAUUGAGAGAAGAUACUUUAUUUUGGAUUAAUAAUUAUAUCACAUAUUGAGUUUGUGCUGGGAUGUAUUCGUGCAUUGUUGCCUUAAUCUCCGGGACGGAUGUGAAUGGGCGAGAAAUGUUCUUCUGGAGAUCCAGGAAAACCUGUGGCCUUUCUGUGCUGCUGUACAUUCAGACUUUCAGUUUUUCUGCUUUUGCGUUCAAACAUUGAAGUGGUUUUCAUCUAAUAUAUUCACUUUAUUUUGACUUGAAUUGUUAUUGAAUUAAAACUGUGACAGGUUACAGGGAAGGUAUACAAAUAUUUCAAACAUGUAGAGCAAUGAUUUUUUUUUUAAGCAAGGUCAAUGAAUUGCAGCAAUGUGAACCUUAUCACAUAUAUGGUUAUUUAAAUUGAUUUAAUGACUCACUAAGACUCAAACAACACUCCAAAUAAUAAUUUAGCUGUGUGUUCAUACGAGGAGAUUCUGAGUGCACUAUCAAUAGAAGAAAUUGGGAUAUCAUUCCCAGGUAUAAGGGACAAAAAGAUUUAUUUCUCUAUAUGUUGUUUCUUAGUGACAGGAAAGUGUGCUAUUUAUUUAUCAGUUCCUCAUCAAACAUUUCUGAAAGUGUGCUUAUAUAUUUAAUGAAUAAUAAUUAUUCUUGAUUGUAAACAUAAAUGAAUGCAAAUUAAUACAAUUUAAAGGGAAAGUGUCACUUAGCUUGAUGUGUUGUGCAAUGUAUCAACCAUAUUUGUAUCAUAUUUUCCACAGUAGACCUCAUUUUUGCAGCGCAGCUGAUAUUGUUACUGUAAUUCAAAACCCAUUUCAAUGCAAUAAAAGUUCACUUUUAAGUCUGA